AUGCCCCUCAAUGUCAGCAAUGUCAAGCGAGCAUGGCACCUCUUGGAGGAAAAUGGCUCGUAUUAUGCAAGCCACUUUGCGGGGUAUUCAGGGAAUUUGAUAGCUCUCGGGUUUCUUUCAUUCCUUACUAUUCUCGUCGCCGGUUCCCAGAGUCACAAUCGCAUUGAGAAUUGUCUUCGUCGUUAUAGCACGUCGAGUUCUGCAGCUGAGUCCAGCGACAAUGUUUACAACACGUCUUUCUCCGGAGUGACCUGGGAUGAGGAUAAUUGGCUUCUCAGUACCACAAAUCUUGACCAGGGCCACUAUCAAGCUCGCGGGUCAGUAGCUAAUGGCUACUUGGGCAUCAAUGUUGCAGCUGUCGGACCAUUCUUCGAGAUAGAUAUCGACGAAGAAGGCGGCGUCAUUAAUGGUUGGCCGUUAUUCUCAAGACGGCAGACCUUUGCAACCAUUGCUGGAUUUUUCGAUGCCCAGCCAAGAACAAACGGAACCAAUUUUCCCUGGCUUUUGCAAUAUGGCUGGGAGAGUGUCAUUAGCGGGGUACCUCACUGGAGUGGGCUCAUUCUUGACCUCGGUGACGAUACAUAUCUGGACGCGACGGUUGAUAACCAAACUAUUUCCAACUUCACAUCUACAUAUGAUUUCAAAGCUGCGGUUCUUGAGUGGUCGUACCAGUGGACGCCAAAGGGCAAAAAUGGCUCCUACAGCAUCAAGUACCGCCUGUUCGCCAACAAGCUUCAUGUCAAUCAGGCUGUUGUGGAUCUUACUAUUAUCCCAUCUACUGACUCUGAAGCGACAAUUGCGAAUGUGAUUGAUGGAUACUCAGCAGUGCGCACCGACUUUGUCGAAUCCGGCGAAGAUAAAGAUGGAGCUAUCUUCUCAGCUGUACGACCAAUUGGCAUUGCCAACGUAACCGCCUAUAUCUACGCACAAGUUACUGGCUCCAAAUCCUUGGAUCUGUCGAAGCGUCAAUUGGUACACGGCAAGCCCUAUGUGCAUACCAAUGAUUCGUCUGUGGCACAAGCAAUCCCUGUCACGUUCUCGGCUGGGAAAGCUGUACAUAUCACCAAAUAUGUUGGAGCUGCGUCUUCUGAUGCUUUUGAUGAUCCCAAGACGACAGCCAAAGAAGCUUCACGCAAGGCGCUGGAGAACGGAUACGAAAAGUCUCUUCAGUCGCACGUCACAGAAUGGGCGAGUGUCAUGCCAGAUGACUCUGUCGACAGUUAUGCCUUUCCAGAAAAUGGCACGCUGCCCGAUGAUGAGUACAUCAUUGAUUCCGCAAUAAUUGCUGUCACCAACACCUACUACCUACUACAAAACACAGUGGGGAAGAAUGCAAUCAAAGCGGUAUCUGGAGCCCCUGUCAAUGUCGAUAGUAUCUCCGUAGGCGGCCUUACAUCUGACUCAUACGCUGGAAUGAUCUUCUGGGACGCAGACCUCUUCAUGCAACCAGGCCUAACAACGUCACACCCCGAAGCUGCACAGCGUAUAACGAACUACCGCGUGGCCAAAUAUGAACAAGCCAAGGCAAAUAUCGCCACUUCAUUUACUGGUUCUGAGAACGACACCGACUUUUCCGCAUCAGCAGCUGUAUAUCCAUGGACGAGUGGGCGGUUUGGCAAUUGUACUGCUACUGGUCCAUGCUGGGACUACGAGUACCAUCUGAAUGGGGAUAUUGGGAUAUCUAUGGUGAAUCAGUGGGUGACAACUGGCGAUACCGAUUAUUUCAAGGAGAGUUUGUUACCAAUUUAUGACUCGGUGGCAACUCUUUAUUCGGAUCUACUCAAGCCUAAUGGAUCGUCCUGGACUAUAACUAACAUGACCGACCCGGACGAGUACGCAAACCAUAUUGACGCUGGUGGUUUCACCAUGGCCCUUGCUUCGGAAACUCUAAUUCAGGCCAACCAAUUUCGCCAACAGUUCGGGCUGUCUGAAUACAAGACAUGGGAUAACAAAGCUUCCGAUGUACUUUUGAUCCGAGAAAAUGGCGUCACCCUAGAGUACACGACCAUGAACGGGAGCGUCGUUGUGAAACAGGCGGAUGUGGUUCUCAUUGCCUUUCCUCUUGGCUACAAUGAUAACUACACCGACCAAGAUGGGCUGAAUGACCUGGACUAUUACGCCAACAAGCAGUCUCCCGAUGGACCAGCCAUGACGUGGGCAAUAUACUCCAUCGUUGCUGACGAGCUAUCACCCUCUGGCUGCUCGGCAUAUACAUACGCUCAAUAUUCCUACAAGCCCUAUACACGUGCACCUUUUUACCAACUUUCCGAACAGUUGAUAGACAACGCUACGACCAACGGCGGGACGCAUCCUGCUUAUCCCUUCCUUACUGGACACGGUGGUGCUAACCAGGUGACGAUCUUCGGAUACCUUGGAUUGCGGCUGUUGCCCGACGAUGGUAUGCAUGUCAUGCCUAAUCUGCCACCCCAGAUCUCAUAUUUGAGGUACCGAACCUUUUAUUGGCGUGGCUGGCCUAUAUCAGCAUGGUCAAAUUACACUCAUACCACUAUCCAGCGGCAUCCUACAACCGAGCCCCUCGAUGUUGCCGAUCGUCAGUAUGCCAAUAAGAGUAUCAACGUCUACGCUGGGAGCCAUGAAGAUCCUUCACUACACCAUCUCACUUUCAAUAAGCCUGUCGUUAUCCGAAACCGAAAAAUAGGGACUAACGACACUAUUGCUGGCAACCUCGCUCAAUGCCGACCAGUAAAGUCUUCUAAUGCAUACGAGCCAGGCCAGUUCCCCAUGGGAGCGGUAGACGGAGCUACUUCCACGAAAUGGCAACCCUCAAAGGCCGCUGAAAUCAACUACAUAACAGUCUCAAUGGCUGAAGAGAAGGUUGGAACCAUGAUCACAGGCUUCUACUUCAACUGGGCAGACGCUCCUCCAGUCAACGCGACGGUCAUAUUUCACAACAAGACACUUGAUGAUCCAGUUAGGGCCCUCAGUGAAUCUUCAGACUAUGAUGUAGUACUUUCCAAGGAAGUCGUUCAAUCGGCUCCCUAUGACGUCAAAACAGCGGAUCUGGACGAGAUUGUUAUACCCACUGGCAAUAGCACCAACGUGACUCUUCAGAAUCACGUUCCUUUGGCUAGAUAUGCGUCGCUGUUCAUUGUCGGAAAUCAGGCAUUGAGUACUGCUGAGGUCCGAGCCAAGAAUGGUACCGGCGCAACAGUUGCUGAGUGGGCAAUUCUCCACUGA